AGUCGAGGUCAAGGUCAGGACGUUGACCACAUGAGCUAUCUUUAUUGAUGUAUAUGUCGAUUACUAUUAAUUCUUACCUUUAAAAAUGCAACAAGAAAGAAAUGACAGACCUAUAAAAAUAACUACUGGGCAGCAAAUGGUUGCUAGCUGUUCUGGCGCAAUUCUAACUUCGUUAUUCGUUACCCCUUUGGAUGUCAUAAAAAUUCGCCUUCAAUCACAAGCAAAGCCAUUUAAAACAGGACAAUGCUUUCUAUACUGCAAUGGGUUAAUGGAUCAUCUAUGUACUUGCCUAAAUUCAACGAGGCCAAGACCUUGGUAUCAAACACCGGGAAAGUUUACUGGGACCUUCAGUAAGAGUUGUAGGUGUGCUAAUUGGAGAAUGAGGCAAUGCGGAUGGUGCUAUGUAAUAGAUCCUGCAAUUUUAAAAGAAUCCUUUAAUUCGAAAAGAAUUAGAAAAUUUCACGGAACUUUGGAUGCUUUCGUAAAGAUAGCCAGAUACGAAGGAAUUACAAGGUUAUGGAGUGGUCUACCUCCAACAUUAGCUAUGGCUGUACCAGCAACAGUUGUUUAUUUCACAUGUUAUGAUCAUUUAAAGUAUUAUAUGGGUUACAAAGAUGGUGAUGCCAGUCGUGCACAUAUUGCAAUAGUUGCUGGGUCAGUCGCAAGAGUCGGUGCAGUUACAUUAAUAAGUCCACUUGAAUUAAUAAGAACGAAAAUGCAAUCAGAACGACUUUCUUAUAGAGAAUUAUCUAAAGCAAUUAGAUUAUCUAUAAAAAGUGAAGGAAUAUCAACAGUCAUGAGAGGUUUAGGAUCAACUUUAUUAAGAGAUGUUCCUUUCUCUGCUCUUUACUGGUACGGUUAUGAGUUAUUGAAAUCAAAACAAAUGAACCUUGCUGGAUGCACUCAACCAACCUUCUUACAAUCCUUUUACGCCGGUGCAAUAUCGGGAACGGUAAAUUUUCUUAUUUAGACUUUUACUUUUUUUAUUAGCAAAUUCCAAAAAAAAAACAGUUUGCGGCCAUAGUCACUCUUCCUUUUGAUGUAAUAAAAACUCAUCAACAAAUUGCAGUAGGAGAAGAGCUAUCGAAGUUUACCAGUAAAUCAGCAACCUCAUCAUCGACAUUAUCGCAAAUUAGAAAAUUAUAUAUGCAACAGGGAAUUAGAGCUUUAUUUACAGGCCUAGUACCAAGAGUGGUGAAAAUCGCUCCCGCUUGUGCCAUUAUGAUAUCGUCAUACGAAUAUGGAAAGGUGUUCUUCGCUAAUUAUAAUAGUCAAAUUCAAAAGACAGAGGUCCAAAUGAAUAAAAUAACAGACUAAUCGUUAGUUCUUUCACUUGUAAAAUUGUAACUUAGUUUCAAAUUUGUUGAAUUCUUAUUAUUUUUUCUUAUAAUAUUAAAAAAAAAAACAUUGAAAUUUAAUACAAAAAAUAUUAUUAUUCAAGCUA